AUGAAGAAUCCAAAUCUUUAUGAGAGGCCUACGUUCUUCUGGAAAUGGCGAACAUUGGAAGACUGGAAGAUGGCCACUUCAUUCACAAAGGCCAACUACACGAACAUCAUAAUGCUCUUGGUGUUCAUCUUCAUCGCUAUCCGACAAGUCAAGGCCAAGCAGAAAGAAGCCGCCAAACACGGCUAUGAACACCGAUAUAUCAAACGGGAUGAGUUCCCAACCGUGGAGGAACAGCCCGACUUCGAAUGGGAGAAGACUGAACCCAUAAAGUUGCGACCGUUCAAGCCAAAGUACCAUUUGACCAUGGCACUUGAAAACCUCAUCCCGUCAGAACUGCUUCAGAUGGACAAGACAUAUCGAGAUCGGAUUGCCCUUCGACGCGACACAAUGGCCAAACACGGCACGCAUGUGGUAGCCGUCAAUGAUGACUAUAUCAUCCGACCCGCCGUGGUUGAGCACUAUGAGUUUCUCAUGGGCACGUACUUGCCACUCCGCUUUCCCAAAAUGUUCAAACUACACGAAACCGACUAUGAGAUGGGCAAGACCUUCAUGCUGGAAAAUCUGGUCACAGGCGCAAUCUUCCCCGCCAAUGUAUCUGCAUCCACACCAACGACACGCCUACUAGAGACUCUAGGGCGCACGAUCGAUGAGGACUUCUUAUUUCUCCACGCCGAGGAGGACGAGGAACAAGACGACAGCAAAUCAUCAACACCUUCGGAAAAGCCAAACCCCAAGGACGACGACAAGAAAUACAUCCUUCAAGCCUACGUAGUAUGCUGCCCGUCAGGCUUCGACCCGGCAGAGAAGCUCGGCAAACGCCUGUCUGCAAUCCACACACCAGUACCCGGCUACGAAGCCAAGAUCUCGGGGUCCAUGGACCGGUUCUUUGCCCGCCUCGAGGUCGGCAAAUACGUCAAACGAGCCAACUGGAGCAUCCAGACACACGACAACCUGUACGCAGCAGGCCCGGGCACGAACCAUGCGCACGAAGGCGAUGUCGUCGAGGAGAUGGCGGAUGAAGAGCUCGACCUCGAUAAGACUUUUAUGCGCUGUGAGCGUCAGACUUUGCAUCGGUUGCCGAAGUCGAAGGGGUUGGUGUUUGCUUUCAAGACUUAUUUGUAUCCGAUCCGGGAGAUCAAGGAGGUUGAUGGGCUGGGAGAGGAGCUUGCGCAGGCGGUGGAUGGGUUGAAGGAGGGGAGUGUCCCUGCUAUGCAUUUCUACAAAAGGGGGGCUGUCUGGGGUGAGGCUGUUAAGAAAUACUUGAGAAGCUAA